UUCGCGCAUGCGUUUGGCUGCUCGUGUUUUCAGCUAGCGACAAGACUAAAGACAACAUUCAACGUCCAGUUAACAUUAUGGGAAUAAAUCAUUAAAUCUCCAUUUUCACCGACGAAAAGGCAGAUUUAUUUACACCACUGUCACUAAUUUGUUAUGGAAGAAAAGGAAAUCAGUUUUAUUGAUCAGAAUAUUUCAAGUUUGCUGGUGGUUCCCUUGCAUCCCUGCGUAACAUCACUCACGCUGCACUGCAACAACAUCCCGAGGAUCGAGGGCCUGAACUCGGCAUGGCUCCUGAGACACUUGGACCUCUCCUCCAACUGUAUCUCAAAGAUUGAGGGUCUAAGCGCGCUCACGUCUCUGAGGACUUUGAAUCUAUCUUGUAACACAAUUAAGAAGGUUGAGGGACUGGACGGCCUUGUGAGGUUAACCAGGUUGGAUUUAUCCUUCAAUCAGAUAAACGACCUCACUGGUUUGUUGCGUCUUCAUGGCCCAGGAAGCAAAUUGAAGUACCUCAGUCUCCAUAGCAACCAGCUGGGCAGCAUCGACCACCUCCUGCAGUGCCUGCUGGGAUUGCGCACCUUAACAGAGGUCCUUUUGAGCCGAGACGGCAAAGAUAACCCACUGUGUAGGGCACCAGGCUACUGGGAGAUUGUCAUGCAGUCAUUACCACAAGUGUCAUUUCUGGAUGGCCUGGAUAGGCUGGGAAAUCCGUCCCACUCCCAGGCUGACAGUCUGUUUGACAUUCCUGGGGUGGAUAACUACGUGGACCUCCUCUGCUCAGACGCUAGUCACAGUGAUGACGCCUUUCUGACCACACCAGGCAUCAACAAGGUUCUGGCCAGCUUUCAACAAAGCGUUGCUCCUGAAAUGGUGCUCCCGAAGGACAAGCACGCCCAGCAGGUCCGCUUCUUCGAUGCCGACCGAGCACUUAACGAAGAACGGGUCAAGAAACUGGAACAGCAGGUGUCGCGCCUCAUUCUGCAGGCUUCUGGUCCCCCAAGAGAAAAAGUACACAAGGCCAAGAAGGACGCGGACCGCACAUCAGAGAGUGAGUGUGACAGCGGGAAGGAAAACUUUGGACGCACGGCGAUCCCAAAACACCGCAAAAGUGCAACAAGGAGAUUUGACAGCGAUCAGGAGAAUCCCAAACAGAAGAGUUCAAAGUCUACUGUUCGACCCAGGAGGUGUUCUUCCACAACCAAAGGAGGCACAGAUGCAUCAAGGCUCGCAGGAAGCGUCUUACUGAGUGCACCAAGCGAUGUGAAAUCCAAGUUCAACGAGGAGGAAACUUACAGGGCUAUUGUGGAGGAGCGUGACCAGGAAAGAGAAAGGCGAUGGAAGGCCGAGCAGGCCGUCACUAAACUCACAGAGGAGCUAAAGUGCCUGAAGACCAAAGUCAGCGAGGAGAAAGACCUGCAGAGCAUGGCCAUGCACACCACAGCCAGGCUGAAAGAUUUUCUGCUGAAGGAGCAAUCGGGACGCUGUGAACUGCAGACGCGUGUAGAGGAGCUGCAAGGCAGGUGUCGAUCUUUGAUUCAGAAGCUGCAACAGGCCCGCGGCGCGGAGGAGCAGCAGAAACAAUCAAUACUCAAACUGAAGGAGAACAUCUCUGCUGGAGAAGCGCACCGAGCUCGCCAGCAGGCUGAAGAGAUGAAGCGGCACCAGGAGCUGGAGAACAGGGUAGCGGCACUGAAGCGGGAGUUACACAUUCAGAGGGCCAGCGUGUGCCAGCACACUGAAAAAGUUCAGCAGCUGCAGGAACUGCUGGCAAACCGAGAAAACGAGCACAGGAAGCAACUUGAGAUGCGGCUGCAGCCGGGCGGGGUUGAGUUCCUUGCCGCGGUGGCGAAGGAAGUGUCGUCCCAGGUCCAAAAACACAAUCAGAGAGAGUCUGAGCUGAAGGAGAAGGUGGAGGAAAGCAAGAAGGCAUACUCAGCCUUGGAAGAUGAAUUCCGCAUGGCGCUCACCAUCGAGGCGUCACGCUUCUCCGAGGUGAGGAAGGCCUGUGACCAAUUGACUGCACAGCUGUUGGACAUCCAAAUGACCCUGGCCGACUCGCAGCUGACGGAGAAGAAAUCUGCCUCCAUGGUGCAGGAUCUCACAGCCAUAGUCAGGGAGCAGAAGAGCCGCAUUUCAGACCUCAUAAAAGAAAAGAGAGCAGCCGUAACUGAGCAUAAGAAGCGUGUUCAUGCUCUUGAAGCUGAACUGGAUCAGGACCGCCGCCUCGGCCUUCAGGUGGAGAUGCUAAAAAAGGAAAAAGCGGGUCUGUCAUCCCAGCUUACGGCGCAGGAGUCUGUCAUAGACGGCCUCAGGGCAGAGAGGAAGCUUUGGGGCCAAGAGCUCGCUCAGCAAGGAGCAUCCCUGGCCCAGGACCGUGGCCGCUUGGAGGCCAGAGCGGAGGUGCUGGGCGCUGAGCUGGAGGCGCAGAAGAAGCAGAUUGAGAAGAGCGACGACUCCCUCCGAAUCAAAAGCAAAAUCAUAGAGGAUCAAACCCAAAGCAUCUGCAAGCUCAAAGAGUCCCUGCAGGAGCGCGACGAGCUGGUCCGCAGGCUGCGAGACGAGAAAGCACAGGCCCAGAAGUCCUUCCAGCUGCAGCUGGAGGAGGAAACGUCCCGGAUAUCUGAUCUGACGGAACGUGUGGAACACCUCAGCCUGCGCAAGGAGGAACUGAAGCAGCAGUUGGACGACAAGGAGGAAGAAAUGAAGGAUCUGAAACACAUUCACAGGCAGGAUAAGGCUCAGAUGCUCACUCAGCUUGAGAGCCAAGUGAAGCGCAUGAAGGAAAACUUCCACAGCAAGGAACGCUCGCUUGUGGAAGAGCGAGACAAAGCCACAGAAGCCCACAGAGCUGCCGUGGAGAAACUAGACUGCAUGGACGAAGCGUUACAUCUGCAGCUGGAGUCCGCACAGGCCGCCCAUCAAGCUGAGCUGCUUCAGCUGGCCAAUGACAAGCACAGCCAGAUAGAACUGGCCAAUCAGAAGGGUUCGGUGAAUGCGCAAAUGAAACUGGUGGGGUUCGGCACCUCCAACAAGGUGUAUGAAGUGGAGGAGGAGAUGCGCCAGCUGCUGCUCGAAAACGAAAAAGUCAAAGGAAACAUGGAGAAAAUGAAACGUAUUACUAGCGUAAUUAAAGAUUUUCGUUGGUGAAUGAACUAUCACAUUAGUGGAGUAAAAGUUGCCAGUGUACAGUUGUAAAAUAUAUAUUUAAUUAAACACUUUUUACAGUUAAAAAAAAAAAAUUGUGUUGAAUUAUUUCAUAAAUUAUUUUCAUCAACCUACUCAUCGGCCUAGUGCAGUGGUUCUCAAUUGGGGGUACGCGUACCCCUGGGGGUACUUGAAGGUAUGCCAAGGGGUAUGUGAGAUUUUUUUUUUUUAUUCUAAAAAUAGCAAAAAUUCAAAAAUCCUUUAUAAAUAUAUUUAUUGAACAAUACUUCAACAAAAUAUGAAUGUAAGUUCAUAAACUGUGAAAAGAAAUGCAACAAUGCAAUAUUAAUUUGUGUGGACAUGUUCCAUAAAUAUUGAUGUUAAAGAUUUAUUUUUUUGUGAAGAAAUGUUUAGAAGUAAGUUGAUGAAUCCAGAUGGAUCUCUAUUACAAUCCCCAAAGAUUAAGUUGAUGAUUACUUCUAUGUGGAGAAAUCUUUGUUUAUAAUUGAAUCACUUGUUUAUUUUUCAACAAGUUUUUAGUUAUUUUUAUAUCUUUUUUUCCAAAUAGUUGAAGAAAGACCUCUACAAAUGAGCAAUAUUUUGCACUGUU